AUGGCUUCUCCACGCUUGGAAACUUUUUGCUGUCCCACUCGGGACCCGGCCACCGAUUUUGUCCUCGGUUUUCAGUCUGUCUUUUUCAACGGCAUCUGCGUGGCCAGUGCCAGUCUGAGUCUUGUUGGCACACUUAUUCAGAUCUUGCCAAAACGGAGGUUCAGUUACCGCAGGUUCAGCCAGUACCCUCUGCAGAAGCCAUCAGCAUCUUCUCGAAUCCUGCUCAUCAUUAAUAUCUGUGACAUCUUAGGCUGCGUAGGUAUUAUAAUCAGAUCAUCAGUGUGGCUUAGCUCUCCAAAUUUUACAUCAAGAAUCUCUGCUAAUGGGACUGAAUUGUGGCCAACAGCCUUCUGUGUAGCCAGUGCUAUAUGGAUUCAGCUGUUCUACAGUGCCACAUUCUGGUGGUUGUUCUGCUAUGCUGUGGAUGUUUACCUUAUUGUAAAACGAUCUUCUGGACUAAGUAUCCUUGUGCUGUACCACAUGUUGACCUGGGGUCUGGCAAUCCUCUUGUGUGUCGAAGGUGUAAGCAUGCUCUACUAUCCCUCGAUUUCCAGCUGUGAAAAUGGACUACAGCAUGCAGUUCCACAUUACGUCACCACCUAUGCUCCACUGUUACUCGUUCUGUUUAUUAACCCCAUUCUGUUUGGGAAAGCUGCAUCUGCAGUUUCUUCAUUGCUGAAGGGAAGACAGGGUAUCUACACAGAAAAUGAAAGGCGUUUGUCAACAGAGAUUAAAUUAAGGUUUUUCAAGAUUCUGCUUGUGUUUAUUAUUUGUUGGCUGCCAAACCUCAUCAAUGAGAGCCUUUUAUUCUACCUUGAACUGCAGCCAGACAUGAACAAAGAUCUGCAGAAGAAUGUCAAGAAUGCAGCUCUCAUCACUUGGUUUAUCAUGAGUAUCCUGAAUCCAAUGCAGGGUUUCCUCAGCACUCUUGCAUUUUACGGCUGGACCGGAUGGGAUUUUGAUUUCAAUCUACGAAGGCAAGAAAUCCCUUGGGAGUCCUCAGUAGGUUCGACUGCUGCGGAGAAUGCCUACAGCAGCCCCAUGGCCACGUCGGUCAAUCACCAUGGACUUCUGCAGCAGAGUGACAAGAUGCAGACUGGAAACAGUUAUGAAAAUAGUGAUGAGCUUUCUGGCCUCUCUGAAGGUAAUGGGAAAGCAAAUAACUCCUUUGUAAAAACCUCCCCUGUCUAUCAGGGCCUGUGA